AUGGUUGUUGAUUCGAUCACAGACUCUGAACUCUUCCAUGGCUCUCCGAUUUCAAGAGAUUUCGUCAAGAAACGCAAGGCGAAUUGGAUUUGGAAACUGAAGCAGUGGAAGAUUGAUGCUCGGAAGAGAGGGAAUUUAGGUGAAGAAGGAAAUGGUUCUAGGCUGGUGAAAUCUUUACGGGACAAACUGAGUGAUAGAAGAACAGGCAGCGACCCGGUUUCUUACCUUCAUCAAGCUUGUAGGAUUGAUCAUGAAGAAGGAAGCUUUAAAUUCACUAAAUGCGACGAUGAUGAUGAUGAGACUGAUCUUGAAGUAACAUCGUCUAUGUCUGCUAGUAGUCCUACGAGUGUCCUCAAGAACAAAGAUGAUUCCGGUAGUAACAAUAGUGGGGAAGACGAUGACUGUUUCUGUUGUUCUAAGCAGAUGGUAGAGGAAGAAGAAGAAGGUUAUGAUGAUGCAUUUGACAAUUGGGAUGGUUUUAAAGAUGCGUUUAACUCCUUUGAGAACGAAGACAAUAAAGGUUCUGCUGCUGCUUUACAUGAGACGAAAACAGAAGAAGUUCCAAAGCCAAAUACAAACCAGAGGAGGAGGAAGUCAUCACCUGCAAAGCUCUAUCAUAAGGACAAGUACUUCAAGCAAAAACCUUCACCCGAAAAGGCGAUUCAGAAAAACAGGAGAAAGAAGAAGAAGUCUGAUCAGCAGCAAGAUUGUGAUGAGAAAAGCGAAUGUCCUAUUUGCUCUGAAGAGAUGGAUGCAACUGAUCUAAGCUUCUUACCAUGUCCUUGCGGGUUUCAGCUAUGUCUCUUUUGCCAUAAGCAGAUCAAUGAAAACGAUGGUCGUUGUCCAGCUUGCAGGAAAAAGUAUGAGACAAGUAAUAAUAGUGGAGAAGUUGGUUUCCAGCAACGCGGUCGUGGCACGAUUCGUUUGUCUCCAUCGUUUAGAGGACUUGACAGAGCCUAA